CAGUCACACCACAAGCAGACGACGAAACGCCAUCAUGAAUUGUGCGGCGAGCACCGUGAAAUACCUCCUCUUCUUCUUCAACUUCCUUGUUUUCCUCUGUGGAAUUGCGCUUCUGGUUCCCGGAAUCAUAUCGGUGAUCCAGUUUGGAGAGGCAACAUACUUUGUCGACGGAAAGUUCAAUGUCCCCGCCAUAGUCCUCACGACGCUGGGAGCAAUUGUCCUGAUAGUCAGCUUUUUCGGCUGCUGUGGUGCCAUCAAGGAGAAUAGCUGUAUGAUGAAAACAUACACGGCUCUCGUAAUAAUCAUCGUACUGAUCGAAGUUGCAAUCGGUAUAACUGCAUUUGUGUUCCGUGACGACUUCGAUGGUAUUGGAACGAAAAUAGAGGAGGCAGUCAGUAACUACAUCCCAGGUGGUGCAGACCAGCCAAUCGAUGAGCUUCAAAAAACGUCUUUGGAUGAGAAGAGUGGAGUUUAUUAUAUGUGA